GGACCGUUCAUGAUGGGAAGUGAACUCUUCCAGGACAGGAUGUGGAAUAAGAGCCGAUCAGGCCUUUUUUUCGUGGUGGUGUUUCGCGUCACUGUCCUCGUUGCUCCACAGCUGGAGAAACUCGUCUCGGCGCUCGCUUUUUCUACAGGGAACCGCGUGCGGAUUCAUCGAACGUCCGUGGAGCAGGAGAUGAGCUUCGCAGCGGGACCUCCUGCCGUUCUGCUCGCAACACUUGUGCUGCUUGUGCUGCCGCUGGCCGUGGCACACGUGACGAUGACGACCCCCAACAUGACAAAAGCGCCUCAGCACCAGGACCAGCAGCAGGACCAGGAUGCCGAAGACCCUAAGAUUCAGAAUUUGGUGAUGCCAAAUGCCACUGAGAGCUUCGGUGUAACAGAGCUGGUUGGGGUUACGGUAGCCUCAACCCUGGCCACAUGGCCACCAGACAGUGCCACCGAAACACCCUGCCCUGGCAACCAGGUGCUUUCAGGAGAACGCCGCGGCUGUGGCUGUCCUGGGCAGCUGGUGAAACGGGGAGAGAACUGUACUUGUCCUAAUGGCUUUAAACAGCAGGGGACAGCAGAGUGUGCAGAUUUGGAUGAGUGUGAGGGGGGACCAGCAGGCCCUUGUGGGCCCCACGCUGACUGCUCCAAUACACUCGGCUCCUUCCUGUGCUCCUGUCACCACGGUUACCUAAAGGGCCAGGCGGGUUGUGAGGACAUCGAUGAGUGUACGCUGGCUGCCAUCACGGGACUCCAGGCAUGCACGGGUGGGGCCAAGUGCAAGAACACCCCUGGGUCCUUCUCGUGCUCCUGCCCUGUGGGCUAUGUUCUGGUGCCGGGUGGACAGAGCUGCAUCGAUGUUGAUGAGUGCAGCUUUGAGGAACGCUGUCAUCGGGAACUGGGCAACGAGUGUGUCAACACACCCGGAAGCUACACAUGCCAGUGCAAAGCGGGCUUCACGUCUGAGACGUCGGCUUGUGCGGACAUUGACGAGUGCGGCAAAACACCGGACGUGUGUGUGGGACGUGGCGUGUGCGAGAACACGCUGGGGAGCUACAGAUGUGCGUGUCCGCAGGGUUACAGGGGCAAUGGCACCCACUGCGAAGAUGAGAAUGAAUGUGCUUCUGGGCAGCAUGGAUGUGACACCAAUGCCCGCUGUGGUAACAUAAUUGGCUCCUACUUCUGCCAGUGCUACCAGGGUUUCAGUGGAGAUGGCUACUCCUGCUUUGAUGUGGACGAAUGUGCUCUGAGCAAUGGGCACUGCCAGCAUAGCUGCAGCAACGAACCUGGUGCCUACCGCUGCCACUGUAACCCAGGAUACCAGAUCACUGAGGACGAACACAACUGCAUGGAUGUGGAUGAGUGUGCAGUGCAGACGGGGCCAUGCGAGCAGAUCUGCACCAACACAGAUGGCUCCUUCCAGUGCUCCUGCCGUCCCGGGUACGAACUGCAUGUUGACGGCUACCAGUGUGUGGACAUUGAUGAAUGCAAGCUGCAAAGGGGAGGUUGCUCACAUGGUUGCACCAAUACCCCUGGUGGACACAUCUGCCACUGUCCUGAACCCCUGCUGCUGGACCUGGAUAACACCAAUUGUGUUAAUGUGACUUCCUGCAAGCUGCGUAACGGAGGCUGUGACCACGUAUGUACAGUUCGCUCAGAGGGGAGUGUCCAGUGCAGCUGCAAAGCAGGCUGGGAGCUGGGCGAGGAUCUGCGGAGCUGUCUUGAUGUGGACGAGUGCAGCGACUUCACUAAUGGGGGCUGUGAACAGCUGUGCAUCAACCACCCAGGUGCGUUCAACUGCAGCUGCAUGGAUGGUCAUGAGGUCCGCAUGGAUGACCCUGCCAAGUGUCGGCCUGUAUGUGACCCUCCCUGUCAGAAUUAUGGUGUAUGUGUGGCCCCCAACACCUGCAACUGCCCUGCUGGCUAUCCAGGACCUGGCUGCUCCGCCAUCUGCUCUCCUCCCUGUGCACACGGAGGUACCUGUAUGCGCUGGAACACAUGUCUGUGCCCACCUGGAUGGACUGGGCUAGGCUGUCACUCAGCCAUAUGUGAGCUGCCUUGCGCCAAUGGGGGACGCUGCAUCAGCCCUGCCACGUGCCAGUGUCCCUCUGACUACACUGGUCCACAGUGCUUAACCCCUAUUUGCACCCCACCCUGCCUGAAUGGAGGGAGGUGUGUGGAUGUCAACAAGUGUGCUUGCAGUGACGUCUGGCAAGGAGCACGGUGCCAAAUAGAGCCUAUACAUUGCCAAACAGGGUGCAAAAAUGGUGGGGUGUGUGUGGGCUUCAACAGGUGUCGCUGUUCCAGCGGGUUUACUGGGAACCUCUGUGACGAAGCGGUAACGACACCCUGCGUGCCCCCCUGUCAGCACGGUGCCACAUGUGGUCCUCACAACAAGUGUAUCUGUCCUGAAGGCACCGCUGGCCUACGCUGUGAGAAACUGAUAUGUCCAGUCGUGACCACAGUAGUGAGCAUGGCACGAGCAGUCCGCAAAGCCGUGAGGGAGAGCUAUGUGGAUCGCUGUGGACCCCUGGGGGUUCAGCUCUGCACCAAGUACAGGGUAAACCAGGCCCGGGUUUAUCUUCAGGCCUAUAGAGUCGGAUAUAAGAUCCAGUGCCCAGAGAAGACGAGAAGAUGAGAACCGGCCAAAAUAAACAGAUAUUAGCAUUGCUUUUCUUCGUUUUUAUUAUCUUCCUGCACUGUGAACCAGCUGGUGCCCACGUGACCCCAGCAUCUGUUUGGUAAAAUGUGUCCGAAGUUUGCUGUGCUCGAGAACUUCAGAAAUCAGCAGCAGAAAGCUCCCACCCAGUGACUAAGUAUCACCUCACAUCAAAACUGAGAUUUUAUACCAUAAAAUAUUAGGAAGGGCUUAUUCUGUUGUACAUGUAACAGAUUGAAAUGCUUACCAGCUCUGUGCCCUUACAGUUAUAUUUCAUUCAAUGAAGCUGAUAAAAAGCUAAGAACGUACUGUGCGUAAAGGUGAAAGUUUUAUCCAUGAAGAUAACUUGUUAUCCAAUCAGUUUCAUCCAAACAUAAUGGUGACUAUUAUGUUUGUUACUGUUCACCCAUUAAUUUUUCCUCCACAGCAAACUAACCUGUGUGGGCUUUUUUGUACCCCUAAAAAUGUUGUAAAUUCACCACUUCUGUCUGGAAUGUCUCUGUUGCAACUUUUGUUCUUAAACAUUUCAUAAAUCUCAGAAGUAUGUCCUUAUGACAAAGGUACUGAUGUCUCUUCUUAUGUAUUUCUCUAUCUUCCCAUAAGAUGCUUUACUCCUGCAUAUAGAUGGUUAGACCCACAGAGGGGUACAUUUUAACUCAAAGUGAAAGAAACUAAAAUGAGCGGCGUGCCAGCAUGUGCCCGGUCCAGAUAGCACUCAAUCAUGGGUUGGCACUGUGGGAAGUUUUGAGGUUUUUAUUAACGUCACAUUUUUCACUCAUAUUUAAACCAAGCUCAAAACAAUACAAUACUUCAAUACUUAUUGAAAUUAACAAUACUUCGAAAUUUCUCA